GCAUUGUCGUGAAAGCUCCAGUGGCUGGUUGAUGACCGAAACGGCCGCGCGAUGGCAGCGUAUCGUCCAUAUGCAUGAUAACUGCUCGGCGUCGUUCGGCUUCACUGACGGAUGCCUGAUGUCACCCAGAGCAAGACUCGGUCUGCAGAACUCUCCGUUAAUUAUCACCGGCCUCGUGCGCAAAUCUUGCAAAUCCUAUCGUUGCGCCAAGUGGGUGUCUACGGCUACCCAAACGUCGGGCUUUGCCACUGCCGCACGCUAUCUGAACGGUGUCAGACGUGGUCUCAGCCUCUUUGGCCACCCCGACCGCGCAGGAGCCGGUUACAGGCGUGCUCCAUAUCAUCCGAGCCCUCCGCUGCGUGCGCACUCGGGAGAGAUAUAUGGUAUGUUCUGACAGUAGCAUCUCGGGGACUAUCAUCGAUUUCCGGCUCGCGAGCACAUUACAAUUUCGAUGGACCUAACGGCCCCCCGACUAGAUGGCGUCACCAUAUCACAAACGGACGUCGAAUGGGCCUGACUUGGCGAAGGCGCCGCUACUCACGGACCUCUCCGCAGCUCUCUCCGCCCGAUUAUCUUCGAACAUUCGUACAAGCGCUCGGUCCUUUGACAAGCACCUGUUCAGUCACCGCGCUCGCGUGUCGUCACUCGGGGGGCCGCGGUUGAUGUUCUUCGACGCCAAGCCGCCGCAGGCUCGACGAGGACCUCCCAGCGCCGCUGUUUCCCCACUUCCUUCCGCUUGCCACUUCGCUGGGGACUGUUACCCAUCGUGGCAUGGACGUAUGGAUAUCGAAGACGGACAUACAUCUGAGACGGCCCGGUGUAGAGAAGAAGGUUUCGCGUGGGGUGAUGCCGAGACGGUGAGCAU